AAUCCAGCGAAAAAACGUGUUUUGGUGCGGUUCGUCUGUGGAUUCAUCCUUUUUCCGGGCCCUUUAUCCGGUGAAACAGGAUCAAAAAUGGCUCUGAAGGCUUUGAAAUGUCGCGGAUCCAAGCGGGUGAAGGCUUCGCUGCGUUACAAAGUAAUCAAGAAGAUCGCCGAAAGUAAGCGCAAGAAGGCGAAGGAAGCGAGAAAGUUGCCGAAGCUGAAGAGCAAGAAACAGAAGCUGAUCCAGGUACCAAACAUCUGCCCGUUCAAGAAAGAGGUCCUGGAGGAUGUGGAGCAGUACAAGCAGCAACAGGAGGAGCUUCGAUUGAAGCAAAAGGAGCAACAAAAGCAACUGCGCCAGGAUGCGCUCCGCUCCAAAACACUCCAGUCCAUGGUGGCCGAGGCCGAGAAGCGAACGGAUCAGUUCGGUGAUGGUCAGGAGCAGGCACAGGAAGAAGAGGAGUACGCUAACUUCAACACACAGGGCAAAGAAAAUUCGCUGAAGGCGUACUUCAAGGAGUUCAAGAAGGUUAUCGAUGCCGCCGACGUCAUUCUCGAGGUGGUCGAUGCCCGUGAUCCACUCGGGACGCGUUGCCUGGAGGUGGCCAAAAUUGUGCGUGAAGCACCGGGGCAAAAGCGGCUCGUGCUGAUCCUCAACAAAGCCGAUCUGGUGCCACGGGAGAAUCUGGAACGCUGGAUGAAGUACCUGCGCCGCAGCGGUCCCGUGAUUCCGUUCAAGGCUACCACCCAAACGCAAAAGUCAAACAUUGGCCAGAAGAAGUUUAAGGCGUCCAAAAACUUUGACUGUUCCCCUUGCAUCGGUGCUGAUCUGCUGAAGGAGCUGCUGGCCAACUACUGUCGUAGCGAUAAGCUGCGCACAUCGAUCCGUGUCGGUGUGGUGGGAUUGCCGAAUGUUGGCAAAAGCUCGCUCGUCAACUCGCUGAAGCGUAAGCGGGCCUGCAUGGUCGGGGCGAAGCCGGGUGUCACGAAGCAGAUGCAAGAAGUACAGAUCGAUUCACACGUCAAGCUACUGGACAGCCCGGGUAUUGUGUUCCAGCGCCCGAAGGAACAGGACCAGAACCGAUUCUUUGCCCUACGGAACGCCCAGAAAGUGACCGAGAUCCAGGAUCCGUUUCCACUGGCCGUGGACAUACUGAAGCGCGGUACGAUGAUGUAUUUCUGCAAGCUGUACAACAUAAGCGAGUUCCACACGCCGGACGAGUUUCUUGCUAAGAAAGCCAUUCGCAUGGGAGCACUAGCGAAGAAGGGUGUGCCGGAUGUACGUAAAGCGGCCCGUUCACUGAUCGAAGACUGGAACAGUGGCAAAAUCAAGUACUGCACGCAUCCCCCGGAGGAAAACGCCGACGAAGUGCAUCUCGAUGCUCAGCUUGUGAAGCCUUCCGAGAGUGGAGAGGAAGUGCCUGAGUUCAAUCUCGAUCAGCUGGACGCAAUCGUGGCCCAGCUAGGCGAUCAGUAUGAGGCGAGCUUUGCCCGGACCGAUGCAAUGGAUGAGGAUGGUGUGAAGAAGGAGGACAUUCUUACGAUGGAAAUCGAUACGGGCGGACCGGUUAGAAUGGAGCUUUCGAAAGAUGAUACCCGUAAUCGGGCUAUCGAAAAGAUGCUCGCCACCGAAGGUACGAUUAUCGAACGAGAGGAAACCAAGGGUGAUGGAAAGAGCCGCAAACGCAAGGUAAACGAUUACGCCGAAGAGGAGAAAAAGUUCCGCAAAGAUCCGAUGUUUGCACUCGAUGGCAACCAGACGACCAACCGGAAUCUGAAGCAACAGCUGAAGAAGCGCAAGAAGCAGCAAAACAAACAGGAACAGGAAGAAGCCAUGUCCGAUACAGAGAAGCAAGAUUACGAUUUUAAGGAGGAUUUCGAUAUGGAUCAGGAGUGAAUAACGAAAACCAAUAUAGCAUCGUUAUUAAUGAGUAAAAUCUUUAAUUCGACUUGUUCGAUUGAAAUAAAAACGGUAAAGACCAAUAAAAAAAAA